ACAGUUUUGGUGCUGUGAGAAUGAGGGUUGUGAGUUUUUUUGCUGCUGGGAUAUUAGUUUCAUGGGUUUUGAGUGUGUUGGGUGAAGAAAUGAUGGGCUCAUCACCCUGUAAUUUUCCGGCAAUCUACAACUUCGGCGACUCGAAUUCGGAUACCGGUGGGAAUUCAGCAGCAUUUUACCCAGCAGGGCCACCGUCUGGAGAGACUUUUUUCCAUCAGCCGGCUGGAAGAGGUUCUGAUGGUCGUCUUAUAAUAGAUUUUAUUGCCAAGCACCUUAGAUUGCCAUACUUGAGUGCUUACCUAGAUUCAAUUGGAACAAGUUAUAGGCAUGGUGCAAAUUUUGCCACAGGAGGAGCUAGGAUUAGGCGGUUUAAUACAUCUUUCUUUGUGACUGGGGAAAGCCCAUUCUCUCUUGAUAUCCAGAUUGUGCAAUUUGACCAGUUCAAGUCACGCACCAGCAAUCUCUACAAGCAUGCCAAGAAACACUCCAGCAGAAGAAAUCUCCCAAGACCAGAGGACUUCUCAAAGGCUCUUUAUACAUUUGACAUUGGGCAAAAUGAUAUUGCUGCAAGCCUUCAAACAAUGAGCAAUGAACAACUUAAAGCAGUAAUCCCUGGCAUAGUUGACCAAUUAGCCACAGCAGUUGAACAUCUGUACCAAAAUGGGGCAAGAACAUUUUGGAUACAUAACACAGGCCCCAUUGGCUGCUUGCCAGUGACCCAACACCACUACCACCGCCCAAUGCCUGGCAUUCUUGACCAACAUGGAUGCGUCAUAGCUCAAAAUGACAUGGCUAAAGAGUUCAAUAGGAAGCUUAAGAGUGCUGUCAUCAAACUAAGGGAACAGCUACCUGAUGCUGCCUUUACAUAUGUGGAUGUCUUUGCAGCAAAGUAUAAACUAAUCGGCAAUGCAAAGAAGCAAGGAUUUGUUGAUGCAAGAAACAUUUGCUGUGGUUAUCACGAGGAUGACAGCCAUGUGUAUUGUGGGAACAAGGCAAAGAUAAAUGGCAGUGAAGUGUAUGCUGGUUCUUGUGAAGAUCCUUCCUUGUAUAUUAGCUGGGAUGGCGUACACUACACUGAGGCUGCAAAUCAUUGGAUUGCUAAUCAUAUAGUCAACGGUUCAUUCUCGGACCCGCCGGUGCCAAUCACACAUGCAUGUCAUAAGGGUCAAUCUGUGUGAUCAAUAUAUAUAUAUAUAUAUCACCCAAUUUUUGUAUUGACGUGAGAAACACUUCGAUUGAUUAACAUUAGUUCAUUUUCACCAAAUGGCCUUAGAAAAGAGUGCAGCAUU